UGUGGGUGUGGGUGGGUGUGGAUGUGGGUGUGGGUGUGGGUGGGUGUGGGUGGGUGUGGGUGGGUGUGGGUGUGGAUGUGGGUGUGGAUGUGGGUGUGGGUGUGUGUAUGGUAGAUGUGUGUUAGUCUUCUACUCGCCAAAGGCCACACCCACACCCCACACCCACCCACAUCCACACCCACACUCACACCCACACACUCACCCACACCCACACCCUCUCCACUUAAAAUAUAGAGUUAAGACUUUUACAUUGUACGAUCAGAGCUUCAAAUCAUAAUGAAUGAUUUUAUGAUGUUUACAAAAUAUGAUAAUAUAUUAAAAAAGAUUCUAUGUUAUUGUGGUGACUCUACCAACUACUAGCAUCUAGACUUUUAGCUGUCGUGACUUGAUAGAUGAGACGUGAGAGACUAAAAUAAGAGUCAUUAAAUAUUAUUAGAAAUUUCAAGAGUUAUAUGAAUUUUUAUAUUGUAAUUAUAUCUUCGAGGAACUAAAAUAAUAGAUUUUUUUUCUCGAAACACGAGAUUAGUUGAUUAAAAAUAUGGAAUGAACACUUCUUUUUUCUUAUUGUAUCAACAAUUUUUGAAUGAUCUUAUUUAAUUUUUCAUUUGUUUUGAAAAGGUUUUGAUAGAAAUAAAUUAAUUUCGUCGUUACCAACAAUUCGACAGGAACCAAAAUUGAUCUUGUUCGUAUUGCAUUAAAUAUACAAGAAAGAUAUAUUAGUCACUAAACUCAUCACCUCAUAUGUGUAAAUAGGAUAAUUAGAUAUCAUCUCACUGCAAGUUGAAAACUAAAUUGAGUUACUUUUUGUUUAUAAUAAAGUAUGUUAAGAAAGUCAAGUUGAGAAACAAUUGAAAGACCUCUCGAAUAAUUAGUACUUUUUGAAUAUCAAUCCAUAGUGAACUAAAUAGAAAUGAGAAAAAUGAAACUUCUUCUUUUCUUUAUCUCGUCAGUACGUGGUCGCAGACAAAUGCUUGAAUCCAUACUAAAUAUACAGGGAAUUAUCAGUCUUAUUCUACACUUGAUUGAGUGUAUCAUCAUUUUCCGAAUAUUUUAUUCAGCAUUCUAGGUUUGGUUUCAAAUAAGAUUAGAAUUUUAUUCAAACUAAGAAUAUUCAAAAGAUAAAAAACAAAACUAAACUAUCAGGCUUUUCCAAUGACUCAUUAAAUAAAUUUAAAAACUAACAUUAACAAUGUUAUAAGUACAAAGAAAAUAUCUAUCAAUUAGCAUUGUGAAUUGUACUUUUUACAAUCAAAACAAGUUUAAAGCUUCGUUUUUUGAUAAGGUAUCAACACUUAAUGAUACUGAAAUGAGUAAUAAACCUCAAUGAAAAUACUUUUCAAGCAAGUACAUGUCGAGUAGUACUGAAUGUUUAUCAAAUACUUCUAUAUUACUUUUAUGUAAAUUAUUACCUGUGAUAAACACUUAGAAAUUACUAAUAUGUUCUUUUUGAAAGCAUUGUACCACGGUACAUUGUUUGAAACAGAUGAAUAUUUUUUCAAGUCUAUGAAUACUGAUUAAAUCGAUAUUUUUGGUAAUAAAAUAUAAUCUUCGACACUUUUUCUCGAUUGAUUUAAAUCUUUUCUAAUAAAUAAUCCAAAUUAGGAUAGAGAACUCUCUCUGAAACCAUUGAUAACUAUUAGAUUUUUCGAUUAGGUGAGGUGGCAGAGGUUGGGCUACUCCCCCCCCCCCUCCAUUUUCUGUUAUUGUGUGCCAAUUUACGAUUUAUGAUAGAAAUGAUUGAUUGUCCGAGAGCCCGAUACAGCACAGUAGGACGUAAUGAAAAGUGGUGUCGUUUCUUCGUCCUCUUCCCCCUCUCCAUCCUUACUUCUAAAAACAAUCAACAACGCUGAUAACUACAACCGGAAGGCAUUAGACCUAUCGGUGAUAAUGUGAAUAAACUUUCAGCAUAGGUAUUCUCAACUGUAUCUUACUAUUUAUAAGCAUGUGUUAAAAAAUAAAAUACUUCGAUUUAAGAAAUAUUAUGAAACUACAAAAAAAAGCAAAUAAUUCACAGAAAUAUUCAUAGUUUCUGCUAGAGGUGGUGCAUACAUCUUUGUUAUGAAACGAUUAAUAAGGAAAAAUUUGUUGUGAUACGAGAAUAAUAAAUAUUUUCUAAUAUAAAUUUUAUUUUUAAAAAUUCUUCAGUCUUUUACCUCAUCGUGAAAAAUCAAGAGAUGGUCGUCGUCAUAUUAAUACUGCUCCAGUUCGUCUUCGUCGUGCUCGACAUGAUGAACGUAGCAAACACGAGGAUGGCCAUUUUGCUACGGCAACAAUGCGUUAUAUAAAAGAUUUAUCUUCUAUAUUUGGCAAUGAUUGUGUUUUUUAUUUAUCUCAAGAUGAUAAAUGUAAAGUUCCAUUAGGUUUACCUGCGGCUAGAGUUCAAGCACCAAUGUUAAUGCAUUUGGAUUAUCGUAUACGUUUACCAGAUCAUGAUUGGACAGUUGCACCUCGACAUCAAUUAAUACCAAGUGUAUAUGCAGCAUGUUUCUUAUCUGAUGAUGGUGAUGUAGGUUAUUCAGGUCCAACAUAUAUUGCAAUACGUUCAGCUAAACAUGAUUUUUCAAGUGCUCAAACUCAUGCAUCAGAUUUUGAUCGUCUUGUUGGUUUAAAAGAAUUUGAAAAAGUAGCACAUGAUGAAACUGGACAAGUUAAACCAAUUCUAAUAAUAACAGUUGAUGGUGGUCCUGAUGAAAAUCCACGUUUUCCAAAAACACUUGUUGCAAGUGUUAUAAAAUUUAAAAAAUAUAACUUAGAUGCACUCUUCAUUCUGACACAUACUCCUGGUCAAUCAGCUUAUAAUAUGGUUGAAAGUCGUAUGGCCCCAUUAUCUCAUGAUUCAGCUGGUCUUAUUUUACCCUAUGAUUAUUUUGGUUCACAUUUAAAUGAUUCAGGUGUAACAAUAAAUGUUGAUUUAGAAAAAUUAAAUUUUCGUAAAGCUGGACAAAUCUUAGCUGAAAGAUGGAAUCAAUCACUUAUUGAUGGAUUUCCAUGUUUUGCUGAAUAUAUUAAUCUACCAGCUACAACAGACGAUGAGCGUCGACAAGUCGAUAUUGCAAUUGUUAUAAAUGCACUUUUACGAAAAGUUUGUGCUGAAGAAGAAGCAGAAGAAGGACAUGAAUUUCGUGUUCGUGCAUCCGAUGAAUAUUAUCGAGAAAAUGCUCAUGGAUAUUGGUGUGCUAUCCAUGUUUUACAAACACAAUAUACAUUACAAAUAAUUCGUUGUAAUUCAAUUGAAUGUUGUGGACGAUGGCGUUCAAAUUAUGUUUCAGUAUUUCCUCAUCGAUUUUUGCCAGCACCUGUACCAUUUGAACGUACAGCAUUUGGCAUUAGAAUGGCAGAAAAAGAUUAUCAACGAGGACAAUUUUAUGGAUCAUUAUUUCAACGAAUUCAAUUUCAUGGCGUUGUUAUUCAACAUACACAGAAUGAGCUGCUACCAUUUGAUUACUGUUGUGCAUCAGUCAAAAAAGAAUUAAAAAAACGUACAUGUAAAAUAUGCAAUCAAUAUAUUCCAUCAGCUUAUCGUAUGAAAAAUCAUUAUAAAAUUCAUGCACAAAAUUAUGAACGUUUCGAUCAUGAUGCAGAGGAUAGCUUACCACCACCACUAGCAUUAGAUGACAUAACAACCAAUUCAAAUCAAAAUCAAUUAUUGACCGCAGCAGCAUUAGCACCUGUAGUUAAAGUUGAAAUGUUAGAUUGGCUUCGAUCAGAUCUUGAUGAUAUGGAUUCGAGUUCAACUGCAAUACAACUUGCAAGUGAUUGUGCUACACUAUCUAUGAAAAACUUAUGCGUUGAAGAAAGUGCUGAUAAAGCAGAAAGUAAAGAUUUAGUUCACGUAGAAUAA